UUGCUGCGGGUGGAGCACCUGUUCAAGUACUACCCGGUGACCGCCGGCCUGCUGAAGCGCAAGGUGGCCGACGUGCGGGCGGUGGACGGUGUCAGCUUCGAGGUGGGCCAGGAGGAGACCUUCGCGCUGGCCGGUGAGAGCGGCUGUGGCAAGACCACCGUGGUGCGCAGCAUCGCCCGCCUGGUGGACCCCGAUGGCGGCCAGGUGCUGCUCAAGACCGAUCUCCUAAAAGAGUACCACGACGCCGAGGGCUGGCUGGACCUGGCCACGCUGCCGGCCCGCGAGACGAAGGCCGUGCGCCGCGAGCUGCAGGUCGUCUUUCAGGAUCCCGAUUCGUCGCUGAACCCGCGCUUCACGAUCAGGAACAUCGUCGGGGAGCCGCUGGUCGUGCAUCGCCUGGGCGGGCGUCGCGAAAUAGCCGAGCGGGUGGACGAGCUCCUGCGUCUGGUGGGUCUCGACUCCAGCCACCUGAACCGCUUCCCCCACGAGCUCUCGGGCGGCCAGAAGCAGCGCGUCGGCAUCGCCCGGGCGCUGGCCCUGCAACCGAAGCUGAUCCUGGCCGACGAACCGGUUUCCGCCCUCGACAUGUCGAUUCAGGGCCAGAUACUCAAUCUGAUCGAGGACCUGCGCGACAAGCUGGGAUUGACCAUGCUCUUCAUCGCCCACGACCUGUCGGUGCUGUCCCACAUCAGCGAACGCAUGGGCGUGAUGUACGUCGGCAAUCUGGUCGAGGUCGGCGCCACCACCGCGCUGUUCCGCAAGCCCCUGCACCCCUAUUCGGAGGCGCUGCUCACGGCGAUUCCGCAGCCCGACCCCAAGCGCAAGGUGGAGCGUGUCAUCCUGGAGGGUCAGGUGCCGUCACCCCUCAACAAGCCGAGCGGAUGCCCGUUCCAUCCACGCUGCCCCUACCGGCAGCAGCGCUGCGAGGCAGAGGUGCCCGAGUUGCGCCUGCUCGGCCAGGACCGGCUGGUCGCCUGUCACUUCGCCGAGGAGCUCGACCUGCGCGGCUCGCUGCAGAGCGACGUGAUGGGACGGCUCGGCCUGAGCUGA